AUGUCUAAUACCAUCACUUCUACAUAUACUCAUCGUCAAAAAAGAAUUGUGUUAAGACGUGCCACACAUCAAAUCAAUGAUCCUGUGGUAGUUCAGCAAAAAUACAAACCAAAACAAGAGAAAAAGAAGGUUAGAUUUGCACAAGAAGACCUGGAGCAAGUGCGUUACUUUUACAAAACACAAUCGCCAAUAACUGUCAAGACAGACCCUCCCUUUAUGGACACCUCAGCUGAUGAUUUCAAACUUACAUUUCCCAACUGGUCUUGUUCUUCAAGGAUGCUUUAUCAUCAUCAUCAUUCAAACAUUCGUAUGGAAAAUGCUCAACUCUUGGAUGGUGAUGCUGACCACAUGUUGAACCAACAAAUGGUGAUUGAGGGACGCUGUAGAGCAGCCAAUCUAUCUUUUCAUAAAGUUGUUACUGUACGUUACACAUUUGAUUUAUGGCGUACUUAUCAAGAAACAACCGGAGUAUUCCGUGAAUCAAUCGCUAGCACUGCUAAUACGUGGGACAGAUUUGUAUUCAACAUUCCUAUUCAAGCAAAACAGACUCCUCAAACUAUCUACCUUGCUUUAAGAUAUACUGUCGAUAAUCAAGAAUUCUGGGACAAUAACAAUGGUAUGAAUUAUGAAAUGCUUCUUUCACCUUCUGGAGAACAAGCGAUUGAACAAACAAAAGAGGUUUGCCAAGAACAACCAAAACAACAAGUCAAAAAAGAAGUAUUGGGUAGACGAUAUGAUUUCUCUGCUUCAUUAACCGCAGCUCGUAAACCACAACUCACACCACCUGCUUCUCCCCCUCCAUUCUCUGCUGAAGGCUUCCAAAUGAGCUACUCUGAUUUCGUCAACAAGUAUUGCUUUUAUGAUUCUCAUUCUUCACCCAUUUAUAGUGUUUAUUCAACUUCUCCUUCUGCUGUACUUUCAUAA